GUCACCAAAAAAUAUAAAAUAAAAAACACUUGCUUUUAUCAACAGAGCAAAAAUAAAUAUAAAAAAAAUAAAGAAGCAUUAAACUUGCAGGCGGAGAUACUUUUGCAGCAGUAUAAAUAGAGAAGCUGAAAGGCGUGGGAGGAAGAGAAGAAAACAAACUCAAACUUGAACGUUCAUUCCUUCCCCGUACCCAGCCAUCUCUGUCCUUCUUCCCAAAUUCACUGCAACAUCUGUCUCUCUGUCUUUUCGGUUUUCACCUCUGAUUCACAAAUGGGAAAGCUCCUGCGAAAUCUUGGAGGUAACCCAUGGAGGCUCUUCGAAGCUCUCAACGUCCGGGUCGUCGGCUCCGCCGUCGGCUCCGGCCGGCCGGUGCUCGUGUUCGCCCACGGAAUGGGCACGGAUCAAUCCGCCUGGCAGCGCAUUCUCCCCUACUUCAGGCAACACUACACCGUCAUCCUCUACGACCUCGUCUGCGCCGGCACAGUCAACCCCGCCCACUUCGAUUUCGGAUGCUAUACCACUCUCGACCCCUUCGUUGACGACUUCCUCGACAUUCUCGACGCUCUCGAAGUCAAUCGCUGCGCUUACGUCGGCCACUCCGUCUCCGCCAUGAUCGGAAUCUUGUCUUCCAUUCGUCGCCCGGAGCUCUUCUCCAAGCUCAUCCUCAUCGGCGCUUCUCCCAGGUUCUUGAACGACGAAGAUUACCACGGCGGAUACGAGGCAGCGGAAAUCGAGAAGGUGUUCCGCGCAAUGAACGCGAAUUACAAGGCGUGGGUGAGCGGGUUCGCACCACUGGCGGUGGGGGCGGACGUGCCGGAGGUAGUCCAGGAAUUCAGCCGGACGCUGUUCAACAUGAGGCCGGACAUAACGCUGUUCGUGUCGCAGACGCUUUUCAAUAGCGAUUUCCGUGGGGUUCUGGGGCUGGUGAAGGCCCCCUGCUGCAUAAUCCAGACGUCGAAGGACCCGUCGGUGCCGGCAUCGGUGGCGACAUACAUGAGCAAGCAGCUGGGGGGGCGGAACACGGUGGUGUUCCUGGAGACGGAGGGGCACCUGCCGCACCUGAGCGCUCCGGCGCUGCUGGCGCCCGUGAUCCAGCGGGCUCUGGGCAGGUGAGUAGGGCCGCCGGCGCGUGGAGGAAUGGUGGCUCUGUGGGGCCCACAGUGGCCCGCAGGGUUUAACAGAUCGAAUAAGGGCGGGGAUGUGGACACCUGGCGAAUAAAUUUGUGGAUAUGAGUCUGUCCUUGGCUCCUUUCAUCUGUCUUCGGGGGCGGGAAUUUGCACGUGAUGAUCACGUGAUGGCUGAUCCCUUUUGUCUGCCUUUCUUUUUCAUUUAAUUUUUUUUCCUUUAGUUGUGUGGGAGUUUUUUCUCCCUUACAAAUUUUAGUCGACUUUGUUGUUAUCUUCAUAUGGGCAGAUAGAAAAAAAAAAAAAAAAAAACUAAAUUACGAUUAUAUUUCAA